ACAGCCACGUCAGCGAUACGUGGAUGACGUCUUAUUUUCUGUGAGAUAAGCACGUGCGAUGACUCGAAUCUGCAGUAAAGAACUGCAGAUCUCCAUCUCUUCUUCCAGCCGGCCCAGCGAGCAAACCGGACGUCGCCCUCAACGGCCAUCAACUGAUUCCGACGACCCGCAACAGAGGCGGUUGUACCCGAUCGUCGCGGCCAGACCCAAAAGGACAUAAAAUGGCGUCAACCAUCGCCCCGGGGAAUGAGACGCCCUACCCCGAGCUAGAGCAUAUUGACCUGGAGAAGAUGGAGCAGUACCUUCAGGAUCGCAGGGUCUCUGGUUACGAUCCCUUGAUUCAACCGUCCCUCCUCCGCCAUGAGCUGCCUACGAAAUCCGACGCGCAGAAAACAAUAGUUCUCGCGCGCUAUGCAGCGGCACAGAUCAUCGCCGGCAAGGAUGAUCGGAUUCUAGUGAUCGUGGGCCCUUGUUCGAUCCACUCGACAGAGCAGGCCAUCGAAUACGCGAACCUUCUCAAAGCCAAAAUCCCCGACUGGCCAAACCUACUCAUCGUCAUGAGGGCCUAUUUUGAAAAACCGCGUACGACGGUUGGAUGGAAGGGUCUCAUCAACGAUCCCGACAUUGACGGCUCCUUCCAGAUUAACAAAGGACUUCGGAGGGCGAGAAGUCUUCUGAUCUCGCUCACACAGAUGGGCGUACCUGUCGGCUGCGAACUGUUGGAUACCAUUAGCCCACAAUUCAUCAGCGACCUUGUGAGCUGGGGUGCGAUAGGUGCACGUACCACCGAAAGCCAGUUGCAUCGCGAGUUGGCGUCUGGCGUCUCCUUCCCGAUUGGGUUCAAAAACGGCACUGACGGUAGCGUCACAAUUGCCGUCGACGCGAUGCGUGCAUCGUCUCAUCCCCACGCUUUCAUGGGCGUCACUGAACAGGGCCUGGCCGCCAUCGUCAAGACGAAAGGCAACAAGGACGUGCAUGUGAUCCUGCGAGGCGCGAACAAGGGUCCGAAUUAUCAUGAGGAGGAUGUGCGCGCUGCCGUGGCUGCCAUCGAGAAGGCGCGGCCAGGGCAUCAUCCUGGCAUCAUGAUUGACUGCAGUCAUGGCAACUCGCAGAAAAACCACCUCAAUCAGCCGCGCGUGCUCGAUUCAAUCUGCGACCAGUUACGUUCGGGUUCGCCGUAUUCGAAGAGUAUCGUCGGCGUGAUGAUCGAGAGCCAUAUCAACGGUGGAAGGCAAGACGUGCCGGCCGAAGGUCCCUCCGGUCUCAAGCACGGUGUAUCUAUCACCGAUGCUUGCGUUGACUGGCCUAUGACGGUGGUCAUGCUUGACAAACUUAACCAGGCUGUCGGCGCGAGGCGCGCUGCGCUGGUGAGCGCGGGUUUGAAAGUAAAUGGCGUUAACGGUGCAUGAAGGCCGCCAUCGCGAUGGCGUUGAUCAUAAAAGGGCAAAGCUCAGUACCGCAAUGCCCCCUGUCACGUUCCUGUCGAUGUAUACACACGUUAUCUACCUCUGGAUAAUACCGUUUACUACCAUGCCAAAGAAAGCUCUGCAGGCGUUACAUGACCUACAG